CCUACCUCCACGGGAUUCAUCUCGUCCAGCUCUGGUGCCAAGAUGGUUCUUCCCGGCCUUGCUCUCGUCGGCAGCAUCGCCAUGGGCCUGCUUGUCCUGGCUUAAAUGACGCUACUGUCUCUCUUCUGAUUUUACCUUCGAUAUCAUGCAUCACUAGACUGCUUGAUGGCAAGACCACCGCUCCGAAACCGAUACAAAAAAUACAAUACAACGAAGUGGGCAGGUUUAUUACACCCAGAAACUCUUUUAAAAACUAAUAUUAUUGACGAGAAGUGGAUCGCUUCGCUCACUUAUGAGACAUUUUUAUUUGCUUGUUUGUUUCAGGUGUCCUUCACAAUACAAAUAAUAUAUGCUCUCGUUGAUUCCGAUAUUGUACUCUGGUCAAAAACCAGAUUGUCGCUUCGUUGGAAUCGAAUUUCUAGAGGUAUAUACGGCGUUUUAUCUUGUUUCCGGUCUAAACUUUUGUUUCCUUUCUGGGUUCUGGAGUACUCAGGUGUAUGGAUUGUGUAUUAGACUCGGUAAAUUCAUUUAUCCUCAAUAAUCGGGAAAGAAAAGACAUUUGCGUCUAUUGUAGUGGUAUAUUAUACUGCAUCUGCACCGUAGUUUUAUCAUCUUCGAGUCAUUACUCCCCAUACAGAUGCAACCAUGCAUAUAUGCAAUCAUCAACCAAGACAACUAAAGCUGACAUGUCAUUCCUCUUUUCGUUCCAACUUGGGAAGUCAUAUCCUUUUGAUCCUACCAUCAACUCCUCAUGAACUUGAUACCCAAUUCGCCCACUUACA